UAUGUCUCCAAAAUGACACACCUGUCACUUCUUAUUUAUUUUUGUGUUUUUCUAUCAACUGCAAGCACUGGCCCGCUUUUUAUAUUUAGUUCCACUGAAGUUCGAACCUCCUCAACUGUAGCUGUUACAGAAGUUACUGAAGUCACUGAAGAUCUUGCUUGGAAGGAUGAUUUGGAAGAGUUACAAGAUGAUGAUUACGAGGAGCUGAUGGAAACUCAAAAUUCAAAAGGGGUUCGAAGAAAAAAGCAAACAAAAUUAUGGGAUCAUUGGGGAAAAUGGUCAUCUUGCAGUUCAUCCUGUGGAGUUGGUAAAAUGUCAAGAUGGCGGCAUUGCAUAUCGGAGGGAUGCGCUUUAGGAGAAAAAGAGGCCCAAAUCAAGAGCUGUUCUGAGCAGCCGUGCCGAUAGAAAUUGUGUACGCGAUUUUUUACAACUUGGUAGUAACAUUUUAUACAAGACAUUAAAAAUAAAAUACGUCGUUAAGUGCUUUUCAAUCCCACAUAAAAUUUAAAUUGAAAUAAAACUAUACAAUCAAUUUAAAUAAUUCAAUUCUAUUGUUUUAAUUAACGCAAUUUGGAUUUUUAAUUCUUUUUAGAUUCCAUGCAAUUUCGUUGCCGGCACUUUUUAAUUCUUUUUGCUCAUGAAACGAGAUAAAGCAAAUUUACAGACUAGCC